CGCGCAGCCCCGCUCCGCCAACGGUCCGGCGCGCGCCCCGCGGGGGAGGGGGACUGCCUGCGCGCGAGCCCGUGCGCGCGCGCGCGCCCGCCCUCCCCUCGCGGGUCGCCUAGGAAACAACGGGCCGUCGCUCAGGCCGACACCAGGAUUACAUAACUGCGUACGGAGAGAGCAGCUGCAAGAUUACACGAUGCAGAUUAGAGAUUACGUUGAUUCAGCAGAUUGUCCUGUGCAUGUCUGAGAAAGAUUACACCAGCAGAGUUAAGAAUACUCAUUUGCUGUGGCAGCUUGAUGGAUAUUUUCUGAUGCCUGAUGAUUUUCUGUGUUAAAAUCGGUUAUGAGCUUCAUAUGGUAAGAGUACUGGAAGUUAUCACCUAGGUGCUGUUUUAGAAGAAUAGCCUCUGACCAAGAAUAAAAAUUGUUGUUGGAAUAAUAUGCGAACAGAUCAUGAAGAACUCUGUGGCACCAGUUAUGGAUCUUUUUGUCUAAACGGAGGGAUUUGUUAUAUGAUUCCUACUGUAUCCAGUCCAUUCUGCAGAUGUAUUGAGAAUUACACAGGAGCCCGUUGUGAGGAAGUUUUGCUGCCCAGCAUCAAGUCCCAAACCAAAGGUGACCUGUCUGCAGCUUUCUUGGCCUCACUUCUUCUUCUAGGAGUUCUUAUAAUUGGAGCAUUCUACUUCCUUUGCAGGAAAGCUUCCAUUCCAAGGACAGGUUCUUCAGAGUGUGGUGUCACCCUGGUUGAAACUACAAGCAGCAAUGGCUGCAACAAAAUAAUAACAGAGUAAAGCAUUAGAGCGGAAGAAUGGUUGGAAAACAACAUGCAGAGCAACCCUAAGAAUACAAGAGUUGCAGAGGAUGAUGUGGUAAGCGAGAUGAGAGAAGAAAACAGACUGAAAUAGGUGGCUUACUUAGUGUUGGAGAAGACUGCAACUAAGACAUAACCAGAGUUUCUACAUAUUUUUAAAGGUGUAUCAAAUUACACAGAAAUCACUAUAACCAGUAUAAUUUCUUUUUGAGUUUUAUGAGAUGUUUUCAUGACAAGUUACUGUUUUCAGUAACGCACAGGUAGAACCAUGAGAUAAUUUGGGUUUUUUACUGCAUAGGAAAUAUGAAAUAAUCUUCUUUUCACUGCCCAGAGAAUAUGAGAUAAUCAGAGUUUUCAGCAUGAGGUGGUACUAUGGAAAAUACGUUACCUUCUGAGGACUCAUGUCAGAGAAACCAAAGUCCACAUUAAAGCUCAGCAUCUGAAGGUAGAAUCUGAGGGCACCAAAUCAGGUACAGCACCUGAUCCAGAGAACCUCCUGAUUAAAUUAUAUAAAGCACUAAAAGAUCACUUUCUCUCCAAACUAACCAAUCUUACAUGUUAUUUUCUGGUCUUCAGACAUUUAGCAGAUACUCUGAAGGAAGCUGAUAAUAUUAUUUUAAAGACUAAGAAAGAUAAAAGUGAUUUUUCAUCAGACAGGGACAUGCCACUACUCAAUACAGAGUUUAGGAGAUUUGAAGCAGUACCAACAGCUCCAUUAGAAUCAGUAUUACCUGAAGUACUUUGCAUAGCCUCAGUGAAAAUUAGUCAGAGACAACUGCUGUUAGAUAACUUCCUUCUGUUAUUGAUCAGGAGAUAUUUGGACUUAAUAAUGUUAAAGUUUGGUAUACUAUUUUCAUUGAAGAAGGAAAAGGCUUGUGGUCAUCUUAAGUGGAAAUUCAGGAAGGAAGUAUUAAUAGAUGUAAGAAAUAAGUGCACUGAAGUUGUACUCUACAAACUCUUAGAAUCCUCUCAGCUUUCUAGACAGACAUGGAAUAGUUAUUCACUGUUACCAAUCUUGUAUGUGUUAUUGAGGAAACAGUUUGUACAAAAAGUGAGGAUGAAUAAACCAAAACCAUGUUUAAAUGCAAACAAGUUGAUUUCUGAAGCAAUGUUAUCCUCAAAUGAAAUCCUAUUAGCGAUUCAGACUGCUUCAAACCCAUUCCAUUGGAGAACAUUUCAGCUUCUAAAAUUAAUUAUUUCAGUUCACAAGUGGUGUGAACUUGAUGUUCAGGUCAAAAUGAGAUCAGGUUACAAAUUCAUUUUAAGGUGGUCAAAUGCCACAGAAUGUACAGGGUAGCCAAUGUUACAUAUAAUUUAAUAAAGCAGUACAAUGCUCUCUAGCAAUACUUACUUAAAAAAUUAAGCAAGUAGUUCUGUGAGCAAUAAAGCUAAGGAAAUGCUGGUUCCAAUGGAUCAGAUCUUGCGACUGGAGCCACUGGAGUCUAAAAGAGGAUUAUAUGUAUAUGCAGGGACGAGAAAUAAAGUGUCUCUUGUCUGACUCCUGUUUUCAUGAAACAUGAGAUCUCGUGUCUUUAAAAUUAUCCCUCCACCAGCUGAAAUGUUAUGGAGGGAAGAGGAAAACAGUAAUUUCCUAGGAACCUCCACUAAUAAGAUUACACAGCGAUCUAUUAUAGUGUUAUGGCAAAAAUUCUUUUAUACCUGAAGAUCAUUAUUUUCCUUCCAGAAUCAUGUAACUAAAGGUCUCUUCAUGUGUUGCAAAACACUUUUGAUCAUUUGCAGAAAGAAAUACCAGCCAUUAGCAGGAAAUCUCUUUAUAGACCUACAUAAGGUUUCCUACAUGUUACUCUGUAUAUAUUUUUUUUUAAUUAGUAGCCCAAACACUGGAGCAAAGUGCAACAAAAAGAGGAAAAAUGGCUGUUCAAACAAAGCAAGAGGGUUUCUCUGUGCUGCGUAGUUUUUUGAUUUAUAUUGUUAAAUACUAAGCAGGAAGACCAACGGGAAGUCCAUUUGGUAGCACUUCCUAUUUUAAAGGUACUUUUAAUGUUGUGUGACCUCUUGACAAUUUACUGCACUAAAAAAAAAAUGGUUUUCCUUCUGGCCCUGCAUUUUAAAGAGCAGUAGAGGGGCUCUCCUAGUAUGACUGAGCUAUUUGAAAAUGGAAAGCAGAGAAGAAAUGGGGGAGAGAACUUACCAAAAUUGAAAUGGAGUCUGGGUCAUUGCUUUCUGUUGUGAGUGUUCUGACUAGGAGCUACCAAACUGACCAGAGUCCAGGCAGAAAGGGAAAGCAGUGAGCUUACCUAAAAGGCUAAAAAUUCCUGCCACAUGUUCAGCAAAUUUUGUAUCAGGAGAUAGGUAUGUACAAGGUUCUACCCAGGGAAAGGGAGAGCUGUAGCCAAAGGUGGUUAUGGAUUUAACAUGGGACACCCAGCUCUUCUAAAUUAAAAAACAUAACAAACCCCUCAAUUAUGUUCUUUUGAUAUUUAGGAUCCUUUCAGAUUUAAAGGACAUCAGGCUAUUUCCGGUAAAAACUGAGGAGACUGUGGUUUAGUUUGGAGAAGAGUUUUCACUUAUACUAUGACCAUAUGCAAACCCAGGUCUAUGAAUGAAGACUUAACUGUUUAAGUUUGGGAAAAAAAUAUAGAACUAAAAUGUGUUAUGAUUUGUGUUAUGGUAAUGUUAUUUAGAUUAACAGGAUGCAUUUGUUCACUGUGCCUCUUUCAGAUAUAAUGCCUUUUGUUGACAACUAUAUACUUAAAUAAAGAGACGGAAUAUUCCUAUAUCUCAAAUUAUAAGGAAUAAUCAACAGAAUCCAGGCAUAAAUUAUUUGCUUUCUGUGGUCAAGAUGAGUGAAAGAAGUGCUUCUUUCAAGGAAGUACUGCAAUAUUUCCUGCACUUUGGGGGAAAAUGAGCAAACAAAAUACUCCAAACAUGUGCACACCUAAAGACAUUUAAAAAAAAACUAAAAACUUUUUCAUUAUUGUAUCUAACACUAUCUGCUUGUGCUUAUCCAAAGUCUGUUCUUGCUUUUCUUGUGAAUGUAACCUGUUCAACAUAAUCUGUACGUAAUGUGCCACUCGGUUCCAUGUUUGGGACUGUGACUCCACAAAACCUUUCCUCAGGAAUGAUUUCUGUAGCUGGCUAAGGGCAUGUAAACAGAACCUGCAGCUGUAGAACCUGAAAUACCAGGAAGAUAUUGUUGUUUUCAUCCCCCAAAUUAAAACUACAACCAAUUUCUAACACUUCUAAAUGCACCUCUAUGUCAGUUUGUGUAACAUUUGAACAUUCUUUUUCAGCGUACAUUAAAAGAGACUGUUUUCAAAUUA